AUGGAAUUCCUUAAAUCGGAAAACCCGCCAUGCCAUGUGAACAGCAGAAAGAAAGGCUAUAUACAAGUCAUGAAAGAUCUGUGGGACAAGAAAAGAUACGAACAUCUUGGAUUGAAGAGCCAAAACCUGCGAGAUCACGCCGCUAGGCUUGAGAAAAUUAACGCUGCAGCUGAUCGACUCGUGGUAUCGGUAGGGUAAGCGGCGGAGCGGUUAUCGAUGACGAAAGAGAGCAGACAUUAGAUGAAAACUGGAGAAGGCACAACACGAUUUCACAACAUGAAUUUAACAAUUUUGAAAAUCAAAACACCAUUUGUCAAAAUGCAAAUUUGGAGGUAAACAGCAAUCUGGAUUUGCAUACAGACAAUGAUAUUGUCCAAAACAGUCACGAACGGCACGAAACCGAAGCUGUAGAGGGCUUUGAAGUGACCAAUGACUGUCCUGUUGAAACACACGCCGGCAUACAUGAAGCAGGACGUCUACCCGACUAUGUUGCUGUUGAUAUACGAUCGAUUACCAUCUGGGGACGCAGAGCGCUGUAAGUAAGCUCUCGAUUGCUCGGGGUAUUUGGCGAAAUGAUACCCUCAGCUCCAGGUCUAUAAAUGAUAAGUAUUGCACAUUUUGAGAAGAAAGCACCAUAUUGACAGGAUGUGUAGAUUUUGACACAAGUAUGAAUAUCAGAUGUGAAGGCCUCCGUGAAAUUAACGUUAAUGGCCAAAGCCGUCAAUAUGGCGCUUUCUUCACUAACUGCACAAUUGUUGCGAAAUUGUGCGCUUAUCCGCCACACUGGUAACUUGGAAGAUUCCGAUAAUACUAUUUUUAGUAUACAUUUUUAAUCGGAAUCAUACGUUUGACGCACAUAGCUUCUCAAGUGGCUAAAAAAAUUUCAGAUGAAUAUUUUUUCUUGAUGUUAUAAUUCGCUUCUUUACCACACCUACUCAUUAUAAGUUGAACUAUGUGACAAUGACGUCCACAGUAAAUUUUCUAUUAAAGUUUGCGUAUAGGAUCAUAUCUAUAUGACAAGUUAUACCCCCGGCAUGUUAUACCAGACAUAUCACUCAAACAAUUGAUUUUGGCCCCAUGCAAGUGCAGUUUAUUCGUCAUUAAACAUUGAUUAUGUGCAUUUCGCCUUUAGCGCUGACGUGAAUGGCUUAACCGCUGAUCACAUUCGAAGACUGCCGAACUCGCCCACACAAAAUGGAACCGAUUCCAUUCUAUCAUUCUACGCAGUUUUACCAAGUAGUAAUGGUUCAUUACCUAGCAGUGUCUUAGCAACCAUAUUUACGUCACAACAAGACAACAUUCUCUCCGUGAACAGCGAACUUGAAGAUCCAGGCGAAAGCAUAUCAAGUAGUGAAACUCCAGCUCUCACCCCUACCCAAACCUAA